AUGGUCUACCUGGCCUACUUUAUCGUGGGACAGGUCGCGCUCACCAUCGCCCUCUACAUGAUCUCCUUCAUCAUACCGAAAGCGGCCUUCGGGGCUCGCUGCUUGGCCGGCUACAUGGCGCUGAUGAUCUGUGCUAUUUAUGGGGCAUUGAUUUCGAUAGCAUUGCGCAUGGUUGGGAAAGAGCAGAUUGCGCAGUGGACGACGGCGCGCCUCUUCAAAUACCUCAUGGCUUACUCGACUGGCAUCACGUUCGAAGUUGAAGACCCCCAUGGAUACCUCAGCACCGUACGACCGGCCGUGUUCCUCGGGAACCACCAGACAGAGCUGGAUGUGCUGAUGUUGGGGUGGAUGUUUCCCAAAUACUGCAGUGUGACUGCGAAGAAGUCUCUGAAAAAUUGGCCUUUCCUCGGGUGGUUCAUGGCCCUGAGCGGCACCGUCUUCAUUGAUCGCAAGAAUUCGAAGGAUGCGAGGCAAGCGAUGAGUGGUGCGGCAGAGGAGAUCAAGAAGCGCAAACAGAGUGUCUACAUGUUCCCCGAGGGCACGCGCAGUUACUCCAAAGAACCCAUACUUCUGCCCUUCAAGAAGGGUGCCUUCCAUCUUGCUAUUCAGGCUGGUGUGCCCAUCGUCCCUGUCGUCGCCGCCAACUACUCUCACAUACUCUAUGUCAAGAACUUUACUUUCAGAGCAGGCAAAAUCCCCCUCAAGGUGCUUGACCCAAUCCCAACGACCGGCUUGACGUCCGCAGAUGUCGAAGAGCUCACCCGCACGACUCGAGAGCUGAUGCUCAAUGAGAUCGUGAUGCUGACGGAAAAGGCACAAAAGCGACGUUUUGCGAUGCCCGCGUCGAAAGGCAACGACGGAGUCCUCAAGGCGAGUGGUGUCGAGGCGACCAUCUCUUGA